AUGACGUCGGAGUUCAUCAGGAAUGGGACAAAAGAGCCCAGGUCAGGAGACAAAGGUGAGCCCAAGUCAGGAGACAAAAGAGAGCCCAAGUCAGGAGACAAAGGAGAGUCCAAGUCAGGAGACGAAAGAGAGCCCAAGUCAAGUGACAAAGGAGAGCCCAGGUCAGGAGACAAAAGAGAGCCCAAGUCAGGAGACAAAGGAGAGCCCAAGUUAGGAGACAAAGGAGAGUCCAAGUCAGGAGACAAAGGAGAGCCCAGGUCAGGAGACAAAGGAGAGCCCAAGUCAGGAGACAAAGGAGAGCCCAGGUCAGGAGACAAAAGAGAGCCCAAGUCAGGAGACAAAAGAGAGCCCAAGUUAGGAGACAAAGGAGAGUCCAAGUCAGGAGACAAAGGAGAGUCCAAGUCAGGAGACAAAGGAGAGCCCAGGUCAGGAGACAAAGGAGAGCCCAAGUCAGGAGACAAAAGGGAGCCCAAGUCAGGAGACAAAAGGGAGCCCAAGUCAGGAGACAAAGGAGAGCCCAGGUCAGGAGACAAAAGAGAGCCCAAGUCAGGAGACAAAGGAGAGCCCAGGUCAGGAGACAAAGGAGAGCCCAAGUCAGGAGACAAAGGAGAGCCCAAGUCAAGAGACAAAAGAGAGCCCAAGUCAGGAGACAAAGAGAGCCCAAGUCAGGAGACAAAGGAGAGCCCAAGUCAGGAGACAAAGGAGAGUCCAAGUCAGGAGACAAAGGAGAGUCCAAGUCAAGAGACAAAGGAGAGCCCAAGUCAGGAGACAAAAGAGAGCCCAAGUCAGGAGACAAAGGAGAGUCCAAGUCAGGAGGCAAAAGAGAGCCCAAGUCAGGAGACAAAGGAGAGUCCAAGUCAAGAGACAAAGGAGAGCCCAAGUCAGGAGACAAAAGAGAGCCCAAGUCAGGAGGCAAAAGAGAGCCCAAGUCAGGAGACAAAGGAGAGCCCAAGUCAGGAGACAAAGGAGAGCCCAAGUCAGGAGGCAAAAGAGAGCCCAAGUCAAGUGACAAAAGAGAGUCCAAGUCAGGAGACAAAGGAGAGCCCAAGUCAGGAGACAAAGGAGAGCCCAAGUCAGGAGACAAAGGAGAGCCCAAGUCAGGAGACAAAGGAGAGCCAAGGUCAGGAGACAAAGGAGAGUCCAAGUCAGGAGACAAAGGAGAGCCCAAGUCAGGAGGCAAAAGAGAGCCCAAGUCAAGUGACAAAAGAGAGUCCAAGUCAGGAGACAAAAGAGAGCCCAAGUCAGGAGACAAAGGAGAGCCCAGGUCAGGAGACAAAGGAGAGCCCAAGUCAGGAGACAAAGGAGAGCCAAAUUCAGGAGACAAAAGAGAACCUAAGAACAAGGCCCGCUGUAUCACACUAUGUUGUUUGUAGAAGGCGACUUAACGUGGGCCACCAGCAGAACCUGAAAGGGUUGUUUUUCUUUGUCUUCUAUUUAGGGGGAUAUUGGUCUUAUAUCCAUUUUCAUGGAUCUCCAUGAAAACCUAUUUGUACUCGAAUGUCCCUAUUUCCCCCUCGUGUUGUAAAUUCGAGUUAGAAUUACAGUGUCAUUUUCGUGUCAGUAUUCUCUGUUGUAUCUCUUGUAUUUGAGUUAGAAAUACGGUUUCGUCGCUAGGCUCUAUUGUUUCCCCUCGUUUUAUUGGGUUGAGUUAGAAUUACGGUUUCGUUAUUAUGUCAGUAUUCUAUGUUGUUUUUGAGUUAGAAUUACGGUUUCGUUAUCAUGUCGGUAUUCUGUGUUAUUUUAGAGUUAGAAUUGUAGUUUCAUUAUUAUAUCGGUAUUGUCUGUUGUUUUCUCUCGUUUUAUAAAUUUUGAUUUCCCCUCGUUAUUAUGUCGAUAAUCCCUGUUGUUUACCCUCGCUUUGAUGUCGGUAUUCUCUGUUGUUUACGCCCGUUACCAUGUCGAUAAUCUCUGUUGCUGUUCCUCGUUUUUAUGUCAGUAUUAUAUGUUGUUUACUUAUCGGUGUUUUAUGUUGUAAUCCUUAUAAUUUGAUGUUACGUAUAUAUCAUUUGAAGCAUCACUUGAGUGUAAACAAGUUGUUGACGUAAUUUAUCA